AUCUUACACGUCGUCAGCUCUGAUCACCACAAACUCUCUGCACAUCUUCGUCUGUGUCUUCAGCAUGUGUGUCAGCUCUUCUUCACCAGAGAGUUUCCGGGUCUGACGUUGAGAGACGGCGGAUCGGGAGGACGAGGGGAUCGAGCAUGUGACGGAUCAGAGCCGGUGUCCAAUCCGAGACCGACUCCAGCUGCGUCCUGAUGUCCGGACACAGGACCAGGAAGAGCCUGAUCAUCACAGACGAUGAGGAGGUUAAGGCUGAGGAGCUCAACCCCUUCUCCUUCAAAGAGUUUCUACGAUUGAAGGACCAGGACCAGGACCCGGACCCGGACCAGGACCCGGAUCCGGACCAGGACCGGGACCAGGACCGGGACCAGACACACAGUGAGUCCUGCAGCUCCUCAACCUUUGACCCUGAUGUCAACAAACGUUUCUUCUCUGAGCCGUCGAUGUCACCACAGGAGGAAGAAGACAAGGAUUGGGGGUGGGGCUUCCAGUGUGUCGCCAGCAGCUCCUCCCCUCUCUCGGAGGAGACCAGAUUCAGCUCUGAACCUGACAUCAAGCCGAAAGGAGGAGGAGACAAUGAAGGAGACCACGAGAUGUCCAUGACUGAACCAAUCAUCUCCUUCAGGAGAGGGAGCGACAUACAGUUGAAGGAGGAGAACAUGGCGUUGAGGAGAACCAUCAGAGAGCUGCAAAGCAGAUCAGAUGCUAAAGAACACAGGGUGCAGGAGCUAUCGGAGGAGCUGCUCCAGAGGAGACGUCAGGAGGAGAAGGAGGCUGAGGAUCUGGAGAGCAUGGUCCACUCUGUGGAGCAGAACCUGCACCUGAUGACGCGAGCGAUGAAAGCAGAGAACUACGUCAGUAAACUGAAGGCGGAGCUUCAACAGCUGCAGGUGGAGGCGGAGUCUCUGCGGUCGGAGAACGAUGGACUGAAGGCAGCAGAGACUCAGGUCGUCAUGACGAUGAGACAAACUGCUCUGGUGGCGUCUGAGUAUCUGAACAAGACGGCAAGCCACGCCCACUCCUCCAUCCGUCAGCUGCUGGGAGAGGCGGAGACUCUUCGUCUCGUGUCUCAUCUUCUUCGUUCUAUUGAUAAAAUCUCAGAGUGUUGAAGCUGCGACGCGAGGACGAGCUGUUUGAUGACAUCACAGCAGCAGGUUGCUGAUUGGAUAGAUUCUGUAUCAGUGCAGACUGAAGAUGAUGUCAUGACGUUUAUUCUUCAAAUAGAAACUUUAUUAAACAGUUUGUUUGUCAACGAUGAUCUCAGGUCAGAUUCUGUUCCAUCAUGUUUCUGUAAAACAAUAAAACACAACAUUCAUAACA